GUCGGCCGGAAAACCACAUGAAGAAGACAAUUUAAACGGAAGUGAACAGUAACCAAGAACAAUUUUUACGUUAGCGUUUUUAUUGUUGUUAUUUAGACGUUUAUUAAAACCUUGCAUAGCAUCACAUACUUACCCCGGGUACUAUUUUAUUCGCGUUGGAGACAGGUUAGGUUGAUGUUAUCUAGGUAACGCUAGGUAGCUAGCUUUUAACAAUGGCUAACUGUAUGGUUUUUCACACUCAAAUAGCCUCCAUCAUGGAGGUGCUAGCGAAUGCAGCCGUUGCGGAGAUCUGUAAGCUCGUAGACAACGACUAUGCAGUGUUUCGUUUGGAAAUAACUCAAAGACAAAAAGAAAACAGGGCAUUGCAGAGGAAACUACAGCUACUGGAACUGAAGGUGCCACGGGACCGCGCUGACAAGACAAUGCGAGAGCGCAUUCUCGCCAGUCGUCCCAGAAGUGUCAAGAUCCUCGACAGAUACAGAGGAACCGCAAGAGUUGAAGGACAUCUUACUGGAGGCUACAGGAGCUUUGUGAAGCCAGCGGGACACAAUACAUGUAGAGAUGAGCAACCAAUCACUGUUGAUGAGGGGAGUGGAACCUCAACCCAGCACGUUAUCGUGAUAGAGGAUGCAGAGGCUGCAGGUCCUGGGGUCAAGCUGGAGAGGUCUCAAGAAGAGGAGGACCCACGGCACAGCAAAUACAUCCAUACUGGAACGGCUGGAGCGCCCCCUGUAGCCACAGAGGACCCCGCCCAAGCGCCACCCAUUACCCGACGAAACAUCACGGAGGUCAGUGGAACGCUGAACGCCGUCAUCAAGUCAGAGACAGAUACAGAGACCUUAACGGGGCUGGACCGACUGGGCUGUCCUCCUGCUCCAAGCUCAGAGUGUUUACUUUAUGGCAACACGAGCCCAAGGACGGUUCUGUCCCAUCAGGACUCAGGUGACACGUUACAGACUGGCAAUGAUCCGUCCUGUUCAUACGCUGCAGAGAUGAUACCUGGUGACAUGCCUGUCGGCUUAGAUACACAGACUAAUCCAUUGAGAGGGGACUGGAACCGGUACAGUAGUAGUGUAUACUCUGACGUGUGCCUUGAUAAGAAAGGGGAGGGUAUAGUCGUAGAUAAAGUGAAAGGCGACACUCCUCUGACAUGGAAUGCAGACGAGACUCACUUAGGAGAAGGACACUCGCAGGGCAACACCAGUGACUUCUUAGACUACAGGGAAAGCUUACAGACAAAUCCAAAUGUCGCAACCCACUCCCCUUUACACCCGCUCAGGGAUCGCAACCCAGUGUCCACGUCGAUGGUACCUUCCGAUUCACACGGCCGCGUCCUUUUCGAUCAGGAGGAGGAGGGUCCAGAGGUGCUGCUCGUGAAGGAGGAGGUGUGUGAGGAGGGUCUGGGGAACCCUGAGAGGACCAUGGUCAUGGAGGACAACCAGACUACACCUCCUCCUGAACCCACAGAGGAACCAGCUGAGCAGCACAGGACCACACACAGUCUCACUGAGUCAGUAGACAUGGAGGAUGGGAAGCCUGAUCUGCUGCUAGUCAAAGAGGAGACAAUAGAGGACGGACCAGAGAGCAUUGAUCUGCUGAGUGGACUAAAGAUGGGGGAGCAAGGUGGUUGGUUGGAGGCUAACAGAGGAGACUGGGUGGCCAUCUUGGAUACCCAGACCAGUGCAGCCAAGGGCCCAGGGGACAACAUCACUGAGCAGGCCAGGACCAGAUGCGACAUAGUGGGGGUCAAUGGAUGGAACAGCGUUCUCAACUCUGGGCUGGGGAACAACGCUGUUAAACACAACCAGAAACAGACAGUUGAACACAAAACAACAGCUGAACUUAGUCUCCAUGACAACAGACUGGCUGAGACCAGGGCGAGGCAUAGAUUUGGCCAGCGUGGACGGGGAGGUGUCUGUAUGAGAACAGCCACAGACUCUGCUAGCGAUGCUCCAUCCUGCUCCUAUAGUUGUGAUUCAGAGAGACUGAUGGCGCCUCAGGUCAACCCCCUAACAGGUGCUGCCUUCAGCCUGCCUUCUAUAGGAUCUAUCAACUGGAACAUGGACCCUGCAACAACACAGACACUCCCUGGCCUUCAUCCUCCUCACAAUCUCCUUAUAUUAAACCAAACCUCAGACAAUGCCAGUGCCUCAACACUAAAUAGCUACACAAGCCCAUUGACAAAUGACAGUAGUAGAGAUGGAAUCAGUAAAGGUGGCAUCGCCAAAGAGAAGCGCUUCCCGUGUUCAUUCUGUGGGAAAGCCUUCAGUUUCCCCAAACAGGUGGAGAUCCACCAGAGGAUGCACACAGGGGAGAAACCAUUCGGCUGCCACCUGUGCUGGGCCAGUUUUUCACACUCGUUCAGCCUGAAGAGGCACCAGAGGGUCCACACAGGGGAGAAACCAUUCAAUUGCCACCUGUGCCGGGCCAGUUUUUCACACUUGUUCAACCUGAAGAGGCACCAGAGUGUCCACACAGGGGAGAAAUCCUGAAGCUGCCCCAGUGUGAGAAGAGGUUCUCCCACCAGCAUCAGCUGAAGAUGCUCCUGAAGGUCCACAUGGGAGAGAGGCCGUUCGCCUGUACACACUGCGGGAAGAGGUUCUCAGAGAGGAGAUACCUCAGGAUACACCAGCAGAAAACAUGGUCCAUGUAUAGAGUGUAGUAACAUGUAGUACUAGUUAGUGUGUUUGUAGUUAAUUCUGUUGCUUUUGGAUUUAGUAGGGAACUGGAUGAGGUGAACUCCACCCAGCACAGCCAGAAGAGGACUGAGUUUUUCCUAGCCACCGUGCUUCUACAUCUGCAUUGCUUUCUGUUUGGGGUUUUAAUCUGGGUUUCUGCUGAUGUAUAAAGAGCUUUAUGAAUGCAUUUGAUUGAAAUUUGAUUGAACUGAGGAAAGAAUGAAUAUGAUGAGGCAGAGUAGAUGAUAUGGUGUCUAGUAAAAAUGCUUCACUAAUGAAGAAUGACACAUUUAGUCCCUUUAGGUUGAUACUGGUGGUGUUAUAGUGAGAUCAGGAUGGUGCCUUGUAAUGUUAAACCUUUCCCAAAGUAUUCUAAAAUUCAUUUUAUCAAAGUAAGGGUUCCAGAUUUACAGAAAAGGUCAAAUGGUACCAUUGUGAGAGAAGUUAAUCUACUUGUAUCGUUUUGUGCAAUAAAAGUACUGUACGUAAAAGUUAUGUGAGUAAAUUACCAUUUUGUUGAAAUGAAAUACAAAAUUGACUCUGUGCUGA